CAUUAUUGUCUGUAUUGUCUUCUUCUUCACUGAUGGUCAGUAGGCAGAUCUAAGAUUGAGGUGUACUCGGCGUGACAUUAAGGGUCGCGUUUGUCCAACGUUACUCCAGCGUUUCAGAGCAGCCGCGAUGCUCGGGUUGCCCUCCUGUUGCGCCCCUCGCAUCAUCGCCAUGCCAACCUGUUCAAGCCCUGCUUCAUCACGAGCGGCUCUUGGUGUCACUUGGGGAUGUUUCAUGUGUUCUGUGGUGUUUUUCUACCUUCACUCGCUCACCAGCAUCCCCAGUUACAGCUCCUAUUUAUGGUACACUUGACGCUCGAAGCAUCUCUCGCUUCCCCACCUGCUAGUAGGCUCGACGCCGACCUCCCCCCCCCGCAGAGAACCGUGUCCCUGGACUCCCCUUUAUUACCAUAUCAUCAGAGGUGCCAGAGGCAUCUGACAAUGCAGCAUGCUGCCUGUAUCUUUAAGAGAGAAAGGGUGAGAGAGGCAGAGAGAGAGAGAGAGAGAGAUUUGUGGUAGUGAGGAAAUAAGGUAUGGAAGGAGCAAGUGAGAGAGUGUGGGUGAGAGAGUAGGAAUUUAUCAAAAUCUGUGCUUCACUUUUAGCUGUGAGCUGAGCUUUUUUUUUUUAAAUUUUUUUUUUUGCACCGGCAUCCAGAGUCUCUCCAGGCGUAGACUUGGGAAGCUCCAGAACACCUUUGGCUCUCACUUUGUGCUAUACACUCUGGCAGCCCGGCUCUACCGCUCUACCUCUCCUUUCCACACACACACACACACACACACACACACACUCACGUGCUAGCAGCCACACACGCGCAGUGCUGUCAGGAGCUGGACCACAGCCAUCUCUAGAAGGAGGUUAUUGUGGAAGACGAGGGGGAAAAAAAGCCAGAGUGAGAGCAAGGCGGCAGAGGAAGAGGAGUGGAACAGGAGAGAGCGCAGGAACCCGGCUCAAGGAAGGAGCAAGAGAGAGAGAGUGAGAGAGUGCCUUUGUGAAGAACAGCAAGCGAGGAAGAAGGGGGACACCAGGAGGAAAGUGGAGGAGGAGGAACGGAGAAAAAAGAGGAGGGAGAAACAGGAAACGUGAUCACUUUCAGCUGCAGCGGUCCGUGUCGCAGCAUGGGCAAUGCACCAUCCCAAGCCAACGCCGGGGCCUGUUAUCAUAAACAAGAUCCCGAGCGUGGUGGCAGUCACAUGAUCUCCACAGAUGACUUGGAGUAUCCGCGGGAAUACCGGACCCUGGAUAACAGGGGCCGUCGCUUCUCCAAUGUGGGUCUGGUGCACACGUCAGAGCACCGCCACACGGUCACGGCGGCCCAAAGCCUGGAGGCCCUGACCAACCUGCACAAGGUGGACAUGGAGCGAAAGAGGGAUGCCUUCAUGGACCACCUGAAGAGCAAGUACCAGCAGCAGCAGCAGCAGCAGCAGCAGCUGCAGCAUCCGCACCACAGCCCGCACCACAAUCCACCCUCUCCCUCACCCUCCCACGCCAGCAUCAGGGGCACGUCAGAGCGGUCGGCACGCGAGCAGCAACAGCCCAACUACUGGAGCUUUAAGAGCCGCAGUCCGAGGCAUUCCCAGUCCACCCAGUCGGGGCUUGCUGACCAAGCUGCCAAGCUCUCCUUCGCCUCUGCGGAAUCCUUGGAGACCAUGUCAGAAGCUGACCUCCCUGUCGGGUUCAACCGGAUGAAUCGUUUCCGCCAAAGCCUGCCACUGUCCCGCUCUGCCAGCCAGAAUAAGCUACGAUCUCCAGAUGAAUUUCCAGGCGUGCUGUUCCUGCAGUACGGCGAUGAGACGCGGCGGGUGCACAUCACGCACGAGCUGAGCAGCAUGGACACGCUGCACGCUCUGAUCGUCCACAUGUUCCCUCAGAAGCUAACCGCGGGGAUGCUCAAGUCCCCCAACACGGCCAUCCUGAUCAAGGACGAGGCAAGGAACGUCUUCUACGAGCUCGAGGACGUCCGUGACAUCCAGGACCGCAGCAUUAUCAAGAUUUACCGCAAAGAGCCCAUCUACGCCUCCUAUCCGGCUGCGGCACACCUGGCCAAUGGAGACCUGAGGAGGGAGAUGGUCUACUCCUCACGUGACUCCUCCCCAACUCGCCGUCUCAACACCCUCCCUUCGUCGUCUUCCUCGGCGACGUCCGGCUCACCGUCCCGCUCACGCCUCUCCUACAGUGGAGGCCGUCCUCCGUCCUUCGCCGGCUCUCACCCUCAGCACGAGCAGGGUCGUCACCCGCACCAUCCCUCAGCCAACCACAGCGCUAACUCAGUCCUGUCCCCUUCACCUAGUGCGAUUCUGGAGCGCCGCGAUGUGAAGCCAGACGAAGAGGUCUCAGCAAAAAACCUGGCAUUAAUGAAGAAUGAAGCCUUGUACGCAGAUCCGUACAGCCUGAUGCACGAGGGUCGCCUCAGCAUCGCCUCCACCCAGUCUUUAGCCGCCCUCGGAGACCCCUUCAAUUUCCCCGUGUCCACUGGUCUAUACCGUCGGGGCUCUGUUCGAUCCCUCAGCACCUAUUCGGCGGCCGCUCUGCAGGGGGACCUGGACGACCCCCUCUACAAGCCUGGAGGGUCUCUCUACUCUGACACAUACUCCUCAGCCACCCUGGGAAUGGGGUUUCGCAUGCCGCCCUCAUCCCCACAGAAACUCCCCGACAUGCAGCUGCGGGAGCGGGACUAUUCCAGCUCACCUAGCCGAGCGUCACCUCUCAGGCAAACGUUUCGCAAGGACUCAAACUCUUCUUCUGUGUUUGUGGAGAGUCCAAAGUCGAGACCCAGCUCUGGUUCAGAGCCUCUGUGUCUGACGGCCGGACCAGGGGAAGGUGGCAGGGCCACGCCUGGCUUUGGUUCCUCCUUGACCGGUCAAGACUCUGACAGCAGCAGGGAUCAUCGGCUGGAGCGAAUGGAGGCCAUGGAGAAGCAGAUCGCCAGCCUGACUGGCUUGGUGCAGAGUGUUCUGACCAGAGCACCGGACAGCGACAGCACAUGCGGCCUGCUGCGUCUCUGCAUGAUGGCCGGCUGCCCUCCGGACCAAGGAUCGGAGUUCUCACGGCCCUUACCUUUCUCUUCCAGCGAGAAGACCGAAACUAACAGUGACGGCUCUGCCACUGGAACUGGGCGGCUGAAGCACAAAGCUAACACGCCAUCGGCACCUCUGGCUUUGAUGCCCCCACCACCUUCUAACAGCAUCAGCCGCUUACAGAUGCAGCUACACCUUCAAGGCCUGCAGCACAACGCAACCAGCUUGCGAAAACAGCUGACCCAACUGCGUAAAAUGCAGAUGGAUAACCAGGACUCGGUGAGGGGUCUGUUGAAGCGGACGGAGGCGGAGCUAAAUGUACGCGUUGCGGAGGCUCUGAGGAAGCAGGAGGACCCUCUGCAGAGACAGCGCCUCCUAGUUGAGGAGGAGAGGCUCAAGUACCUGAACGAGGAGGAGCUCAUCAUCCAGCAGCUUCAUGACCUGGAGAAGUCAGUGGAGGAAAUCCAGAAGGAGUCGUCUGUCAACCACAAGCUGGUGACAGUGCAGGAGUUGGAGGAGAAGGCCAGCGUGCUGAGAAAACUGGGAGAAACACUCACCGAACUGAAAAAUCAGUUCCCAGGCCUGCAGAGUAAAAUGCGGGUGGUGCUCAGGGUAGAAGUGGAGGCCGUCAAGUUCCUGAAAGAGGAGCCGCACAGACUGGACGCCCUGCUAAAGCGCUGCAAGUCCAUAACUGACACCCUCGCCACCAUGCGGAAACAAGCAAAUGAUGGCGUUUGGAGGAAGCAGGAAGACUUCAACAGUUCCUCACUGAAGCACAACGACGACCUACGGAAGUAUUCCGACUUCGACAUUCCCACCAGCACAUCACUCACCAUCAAUGACCUUGGUGGAGGCAACAGUCUGUCCAACUGGAGCCCUCACUCCAGCCUCAGUCAAGGCCAUGCUAACCCAUCCGGUCCUCACAAAGACAAUUACCCACCUGUUCCACACAAGGGCAAAGCCCUGGAGGAGCUGGAGCGCCGCGCUGCCGACAAAGCUCUGUCCGUGGAGGUCCGGCUGGCUGCAGAGCGAGACUGGGAGGAGAAACGAGCCAGUCUGACUCAGUACAGCGCUCAGGACAUCAACCGUCUGCUGGAGGAGACUCAGGCUGAGUUAAUGAAGGCUAUUCCAGACCUAGACUUUGCUGCAAAGCAGAUAAAGCCGGCCUCUGUCACAACAUCCUCCUCUCAGAAUCCGGGUUUAACGACAACUCCAGAGCACCGAGCUAACAAACCUUCUCACAAGCUCUCUGGGAAGGAAGGAGGAUCCAGACGAGGCUCAGAUGAGCUAACAGUGCCUCGAUAUCGCACAGAAAAGCCCUCAAAGUCUCCUCCACCUCCGCCUCCUCGACGGAGCUUUCCUUCUUCUCCAGGCCUGACCUCACGCAGUGGUGAGCCACUGAUUCCUGGAAAAAGUGUUAAGAAGUCUGAGUCUGAAGAGACUGAUGUCCAGAAGCCACAUGUAAAACUGAGAAGGGCCGUGUCUGAAAACCCUCGUCCUGCUUCCACACCCCCAACACUGGCUACCGGAGACAGGCAAGACGGGGAGGAGGAGAAAAAAGCCGCCGAAUCGGAGGAAACUUGCAUGUCUCCUGUCCCACACAUCGUGUUGACAGCCUGUUCCACAGUUUCACUCUCUGCUUCAGAAGACCCUGUCAGGGAUGUACCAAAUAACGCAGCAGAGAAGAGACCCUCACGGGAUCGAACGGAUCACCCCAGCCUUAGACAAACUUUUAAUGAAAUAGAUUUCUGUCGGGGCCUUUCUCAGCCAAAGAGUGAAAAUGUGGAUCUGAAGCAGGAACUUGCCCUGCUGUUGACCGAGACUGAGGUGAGGGCCGUGACAUUUUUUGAGGCCCGAAAGCUCAGAGAGUUUUCUGGAAAAGAUCUCAAGACGUUGACCAUCUCAGCAUCGACAAAAGACGGCUGUGAAGUUCGACUGGAAGAGUUUCCUCUUCUUGUGCUUUUUGUGGAGAAAAUAGGUUUGAAAGAGGCGUACAGGCAACUGUUGUCCACUCUUAAUUCGAGAGUGAAGUCCUCCCUUCAUUCAGUUAGGCAGAACCGUCUGGCGGAGGCUCUGAGAAGAGGAAUGGAGUCCGGGGACGUGGUUCUGAGGCUUCAGAACAACACUGUGACGAUUCCUCCCGAUCCCAGCGGCUCUUUGGACAGGGGGAAUCAGAGGAGAUCGACUGGGGAUGUGCGGCGCAGUGCCUACAUGAGGCUGGACAGCUUGGAGGAGACCAUUAGAGAGCUGGAGAACACCCUGAUAGAGAUCAGCGGCCAUUCUGUGGAGCAGCUCUACGGCGACACCAAUGCUCCAGCGCAGACGCCCAUCAGUCCAGCGUCUGUCACCAAGAAGCCUCCGGUUCCGCCCAAACCGUCGUCAGCGAGCGCUGCAUCAGUCCAGGGACAAAACAGUUUGAGCAGCGGUAAAGUUCUCCAGUCCUCAGCUACCUCUAAGCUGAAGCAGCUGCAGCAGAACAGCACAGAGAAGACUAAAGGUGGCAGACGAGAGGACUUUAUGAAGCUCCAGGGCCAGCAGCAGCAGCAGUGAGCCGCGACCUCUCUCCGUGUCCUGCCUCUUCAGUUCCCUUCCAGUCGUCGUUCCCCGGGCUGCGGUGCGUCCUGUGUUCUCCCAUCAGCCUUAGCCGCUGCCUUCAAAUCAGAAUUAUUUUGUCUGAAAUCUCUGAGUCCUCUGUUUGUUUGUGAGUGUUUUUGUCAGUGUGAACGCAAGCAUGCAGACGUGGGCAUGUUUGGCCGUAACGUUGAGGGAAGGAGCUGAUGGAGAGAGCACCGAGGAGGAGAAGUCCUUUAGUUUGUUUUGUUUUUCUCGAUCUCCCCUCUGAUUCUUUAAAAACACAAUCAUGUCCUCCCAAUUCCUGUCUCCUGUGUCCCACUCUUCCUGAAGGCCACCUGCGGGAGCAGCAGCACCGAGCCGGACCACUCGAUCAAACCAGGCAUUUCCCCAAACCAGGUGUCGUCUUCUUUAGCAGCAUGUGAACCUAGGCUUAGAGAGCGUCCUCCACCGCUGGUGAAUCCCCGCCACAAAGUCAAGGCGCUGCUUGCAAGUCUGUCUGCCUCCGGCCUGACCGCCGAGGCCCUGCUCCUCUCCUCCACCCUCCGGCAACGCCAGCUACUGCGGGAGCAGAAGGCCUUCUCCUCACUCCCUCCCGGUAUCAAGUUGUCCUCGUCCUCCUCUUUUUCUCCGACCACGCCUACGGCGACCGUGUUUACCUCCACACCUCCCCCUUCAGGUCCCGUCACCCUCUCCUCUGAGGCUAUCAAGCACAAGUACGAUAAGAGCAAGUCGGAAGACAAAAAGAAUUUCAACUUCUACAACUGUCCUGGGUGAAGGGGAGGACGUUUUUGUUUUAUCUUGUCUAUCCCUGUCCUUUAUCUCCCUGUUCUACGCUAGGUCCAUUAACAGAAAGAACAAUAACCUUUUUUGACAGGAAAGGCCACAAAAGUUCUAAGCUUAAUGCCCCAAAGUCGAGAGACAGUCCCCCAGAAGAGGGCGCUCCUGAUAUCAGCCGACUGGUCAUGCUGCUGGUUCAUUUUUGUGGUGGACAUUCAGUUUCAGUCAUGUCCGCCGCAACUACUACAUGUCUUUUGAGGUCUCAUAUGGUCAAGCCUAUUUCUAAAACCUGGAAGGAAGGACAACAAGGGUGUGAUACGCAGCAGCUCUGUGAUGAAGAGGAGGUCGAUUUAGCCACAUUUUUUUUCCACCUAACGUCAUCUGUGCUCCUGCUCCACCUAAAGGCUACCUACACAAACAGCAGCACGAUUAAGCCAUCCAUCACCGGCCCUAAAAAUGUCCCAAUCCACUGGCCCCGUCCACAGCUCUGCUCCUCUGUCCUCCCACCGUCAGCAUCGGCGCUAGCUCAUCUUCUCAGCUGUGAUACGAGUGGCAAAACGUUAUAUUCUGCAGAGGAGACAACUUCGGGUACGUCAAGAGAAUUCCUUCGGAUUUGUCCUGUCGUUUUCCACAGUCAUCACAGGUCGAUGGAAAGAAUAAUCAAACGUAAACAGGCUUUCAAAUCAUCUCCGACACCUCCUCCCAGACCUGCUUUCUCCAUUCCUCUCAUGUUUCUCCUUCACCGUCAUACUGCCAGCUUCAAAGCGCACACGCGGACCUCCCCCUCCCACCACCUGCUGGUUGGAUGGAUGACACCCUCGCUCAGUGGGUCUCUAGUGGAGUAGAUAAACAAUGUUUAGACUGUGGACUUCGAUUAUAGAAAAUAGG